GGUCAAUGGGGUCAUCGUCACAGAUAAGCACGGCACUCCCUCGCAAACCUCGCAAGCACAAAAGCCUCUUCUGUCCACAAAAUCGCAAGAACUUCAUCUGGGUCUUAGCAAGAAGCGCAACAGCCCAUCCCCAGGCUGCUUCAACAGCCUAAUCAACCAAGCGCUUGUCACCUUCCCAGCUCCUGCUCUACACUGCUGUAUCUUCCUUCAUACUCCUCUACACACCUAUCACUUGCCUAGGAAAGCCUACUUCUACGCCUAAGCGUAUAGUAUGUCCAGAAAAGGAGCAGCAGCAGCUUCUCUUCAGAAGGACGCCCCAUGGAGAGCGGCACCCUCUGCAAAGCCCUUCCCCAGAAUUCACCACUCCCCUGUGCUCCGACUCCCCCAAUCUCCCGCUUCCAAUUAUGGCCUCUCCGUCAUGAAGCAUCCAAAUCCGAUAGGAAGUGGAUUAGCAAUGGAAGCCAUAGUGGAAGCGGCGGGACCAGAGUGCAUUGUCCCAGGACAGAUUACACCCAUCAAAUUACUCGGCGUCAAGGUAUGGCCUAUAAAUGUCAACCUGAAAUUUUUGGAACCAGUUGGACGAGAACUCAAGUCGAUUGGGAAGUUCAUGGAUGAUGCGGUGAACCUGAUGAACAAAUCAUUUAUAGAUCGCUAGUGGCAGUUUUUGAGAGAACAGUUGGCUGCGCAUUUCGGCUCGCAAGAUUUUGUACUAUUUUUCCCAAUGAGCAGAAGCUAGCCAGGCAGUGUGACCGUAAAUAAGAUCUCAAAAAGUGAUCAUUGCUCGUUGCUUGAUUUGAGAGCACUUUGUGAACUUAAAGAAUAGCAUUUUCCGGGAUGAUUUCAUUAGUGCCCUAUUUGGAGCUGUUU